AUGCGUGCUGUGGCGCCAACGGAGAAACUCUUCCUUCGCCCAUCACCCCUCACUUUCCUGGAACCCGCUAUUCCCGCGGAGCUAUGUUUCCUCACUAAAGACGGCACGGAUGUGCAUUUUGAUCGGAAGAGGGAAAGCAGCACCUAUGUUAUUCUCACGCAGUACUUUCCCGAGACUAGCGACGCACGAACCAUGCUCGAAAAGAAACUGAAGGAGCUCGCAGAGGCGGCUAUUGGCGACGAGAGUGUGCUGACUUUUUAUCCGCUCCGGCAUCGGACGGCAGAUGUGGGGAAUGAUGAGGAUCAGGGCGCCAUAACAGUCUUUGAGCGGUAUGGAUCGCAUGCCGAGUAUGAAGGGCAGUCAGCCAUGGUCAGGGAGCUGACAGAAGAAGCGCGAACGGCAGUUGAGAGAUUCGAGGUUUCGACGUGGACAGAUGGGGUGGGACAUAUCCGUGGCAAGAGAAUUACUCAAACAUGA